CUGCUGGUCGUUAUAUACGCAAAGCAAUCUUUCUUCAUUCAAGCUCUGCUAAAAUUUCUUCUGUUCAUCAAUGGCGGAACUCGAGUGCCCAACGGUGAUGAGCAAGCUGAUCUCCUACCUCUCAUCUCUCCUCCAACGGGUUGCUGAGUCCAAUGAUCUUAACCCCCGAUUCCACCCACAGAAGAUCUCGGCGUUUCAUGGUCUUACCAGACCAACUAUCUCAAUUCAGACCUAUUUAGAGAGGAUUUUCAAGUAUGCCAAUUGUAGCCCUUCCUGCUACGUUGUUGCAUAUGUUUAUCUCGAUCGGUUUACUCAGCAACAGCCUGCGCUUUCCGUCAAUUCAUUCAAUGUUCAUCGGUUGCUGAUUACGAGUGUAAUGGUUGCUGCCAAGUUCAUGGAUGAUAUGUACUAUAAUAAUGCAUACUAUGCAAAAGUAGGAGGAAUCAGCACAACAGAGAUGAACUUUCUUGAAGUGGAUUUCCUAUUUGGAUUGGGGUUCCAAUUGAAUGUGAAUCCAACCACAUUUCACACCUACUGUUCUUAUCUCCAAAAAGAAAUGUUCCUUCUUCAGCCACCACCAAAUAUAGAAGAAUUAUCAUCAUCCUCUUAUAAAUCAAGGUCAACAAAGCUCCUCCACUACGAGGAUGAUCAACAACAGCAACAACAAGAAGUGGUAGCUGUUUGAUUAAUCUGCUUUUUUUAUCUUCCUAUAUCAUAUUAUGAAGCUUGAAUCUUAAUUUUUAGGUAGAUCUGUAGAUUAUUUGAUAUGGGUUUAGCAAGUUAAGCCUUUUUUUGGCUAACCCUUUUUCCAGAACCAAAAUUGACAAAUCCAGAGUAAGGUACACCUUUCUUUGCAAGAGGUACAUGUUGAUGUAACAGUAAUGCUCUGGACUUGGAAAGUUUUAUAAUGGAAAAAGGAUUAACCUUUCUUUUUGUAUUUCAUGUUUGAGGGUGCAUGUGACUUGAAUCAAAUGGUGGUAUAUACAGAUGGGAUGCUUUUUAUUUGCUUUA